UUUGAAAUAAUUAUUUUUAAGAUAAAAAUGGUUAAAGGAGAAAACUUAGGUAAGGUGAAGAGAGAGAUUAGAGACUGGUUUUAUCAAUUCGACCAGUUCAAUCCUAGCAACCAAUUCUCCGGGUUCAGUGAACGUCAAAGUGGGCCGUUUCAGUUUGCUGAACUAGGAUUGUUUUUUGGAGCUGUUCUUGUAGCCUUGGUGGCUGCUAACACAGCAACCACAUUGAUAACAGCUGCUAACAACAUCACAGCCACAACUCCAGCUACAAGGACCUCAGCUCAGUGUGUUUUCGUACCAGGAACGGGGACUAGCACAACCAUUAGUGGCACUAUACUGAUAACCCAGGAUGCUUCCUCUGGUGUAGCCAGUUAUAACGGGAGUAUUGCUGGAUUGACUCCAGGAUCCCAUGGUUUCCACGUGCACACAGCUGGAGCACUUGGAAACAGCUGUUUAGAUACUGGUGACCAUUAUAACCCUCUCAAUACUAAUCAUGGAUCUCAAGUAUCAGCAAUCCGCCAUAUUGGAGAUUUAGGCAACAUUGUGGCUGACGCUACGGGAUUGGCUACUGUCAAUUUGAAAGACGGAUUAGCAGUUCUUACCGGAAUAUACAGUAUCAUUGGUAGAAGCCUGGUCGUACACGACGGACCGGACGAUUUCACUGGUCUCAGUGGGAAUGCCGGGACUAGAGCGGGAUGCUGCAUCAUAACUCAAAUUUGAAAAAAAUAUUUUUUGUUAUCUUUAUGUUUAUUUUGUUAUUAAGAAUCUUUAAGCUUACCGUUAUUAGUUAACUAUAUACAAAUAUAUAUUACCUAUAAUU